UAGAUUACCAGGACAUGACCAGGGUGGCCUGAGUCUUCCACCAGAAGUAAAUCAUAAGAAAAAAGAACAAGGGUUUCUGGUGUUUGAAGCAUUUUGUGGGGAGACAUGGAGUCCAACCAUACGACCACUCGGUCAUAUGCCUCAAACACAGACCACAGCUACUGCGACAAGCAAUGCAGGGUGAUUCUGACAACACUGUACGGCGUGGUUCUGCUCGGAGGGACUACUGGAAUGGCAUUGAUGUCAUGUAUGAUGCUCAGAAGGAAAAGCCGAUCAGUGAUUACCACGAUCAUUCUCAAUAUCAUAGUCCUGCAUUCAAUCCUCCUGAUCAGCCUUCCAUUCCGCCUCAGCUAUUAUAUCUUAGGUGUCUGGGAGUUUGGAACCCUUUUCUGCCGAUUGGUCAGCGGCAUAAUAUAUGGUCAUAUGUACGGCACCUUUGUUUUCUAUGCGGCCAUUGUCAUAUUCCGAUUGCUCAUCUAUUUUAAGAAACUCCAAAUGCAACAGUUACAAAAGCAUCAUGUGGUAGUUUUGAGCAUUGUUAUUUGGACCGUGGGUAGCAUCAUUUUUUUGCCAAUAUUAUUCUUACAAUAUGGCAUAAAUCCAAGUUCCUCAAGACCACAACGAUGCUUUGAGUUCCACACAGAUCUCAACCGCAGAAAAUUCAUUACCUUGAACUACUCUAUGAUUGUUAUUAUGAUCACAAAGGUUGUGAUCCUCUUCCUGAUACAGAUGGGUGUCAUUGUCCAACUGGUGAAAGCUCUCUGGCCUGACCUGUGGGCCCAUCAAGACUACAGAGCUCAAAUCAAGAGCUUCUUCUUCCUUCUGGUAAUAGUGGUCUGUUUUAUACCCCACCAUGUAUUCCGGGUAUACUUUAUUCAAAAUUAUUCAGAAAUAGACAAUUCUAAGUUAGUGCUCUAUAAUGAAAUUUUUAUUGCUUUAACUACUGUCUGUUGCUUGGAUAUGGUGUGCUUUGUAGCUGGAGUUGUCCAUUAAGUACCCUCCUCACUUGAUUUGUAAUCAGUUUUUUAUCAUUGUGACAAAAUAGUUUCAAAUGAAUGACUGCCCACCAUGAUGUCAAAAGUUUUCAGUUCUCUGUUCUUGUCACCAAAAUUGUUUUUCCAUGAAAAGGUAAAAGAUUGAUUGUCUUCCCUCUUCUCAGAGAAUGAUGAUCUGUUCUCCAUUAACUACAAUAUUUUCAAUUUCCAUAGCUGUACACAAGUUGACCCCAAACGUCCUUUCCAGACUCAACCCCUACCCCUUUCUCAAGGGAUGCUUCUGCUAAGCACAACAGUUGCCUUUCCCUAUGGAACAA